AGUGGGUGGUAAGAUACGGGGAUUGAACAGUAGAGGGAGCUAUUCAACUCUUGGAAGGCUAUAUAAAGGGGGGAGCGGUGACGAAGAGUUAGAAUACAGCAAGAUUUAUUUGGGUCUGGUUCUCCGGACAUUGUGUCCGUACUUACGCUGGAACCUCGUGGUUUGAAUAAAGGCCUUUGAACACGAUACAGCCUAAGCAGACUCCUUGAUUGACGAUGGGCAGUCUUCUACAGAUGGGUAGAUGCAAGCAGGCACUUGUCCUCUGUCUGUCAGCAUCAGUGAUGUCCUUCUUCAUACACCACUAUUGCACAACAGAGGAAGACACAGAUAAAUUUGUUCCUCAGCAAAUAAGAGCCUUACCAUCCACCAGUCCCAGACAACCCAAUUGCAUUUGUCAGGGAAACGGAGUGUUUGAACUGAAAGAUCACCUUCCAAAAGACCAGUAUGAUGACAUAGUCAAACGAAGAGCUGAAGAGUACAAGAAGCAUCAUAUCAGGACAAGCUCCAGUCUGAACAGGCUCAUCUUUGCUCAAUCCAACUCUCCUCUUCAGUAUCCAAUCCAGGGGUUCACUGUUGUCCCUCUUCAUAAAAAUAUUAUUUCAGGUUUAGCUCUCCAUGCAGCAAAAAGACAAAUUUACAAGGUGACUCUGAGUGUGUCCAGUGGUGUCCUGGCCAUCGAGGCCCUUGGAGAGGGGGACAAAGAGGGACAGGGAGAGCAAGAGAUCACUGUCCAGUCUACCAGCCUAUCUGACCUCAACAAUCUUCUGGGACGAAUGACCUACACCAGCACUGUGUACCGGAUGAGGACUGGAGACCUGGCUCACUUCACGUUUGAACACCAUGAGGCUGUCUUCCCUAUUGUCAUCCAGCAGCCAUCAGUGCCUGUUUUAUAUGACAUAGGAAACGAUAUCAAUUCCCGGGUGACCAUCGUCACUAAGACGUUUCUGAGAUACACUGAGCUGCAGGUCCUCAUCAGUAGCAUAAGGACCUAUUACAAGGACAUCAAAAUCAUUAUCGCCGACGACAGCCUGGAGCCACAGAAAGUGAACGGCCCCAACAUUGAGCAGUACAUCAUGCCCCCAGCACAGGGCUGGUUUGCUGGCAGGAACCUGGCUGUCUCUCAGGUCACUACCAAGUACUUUAUCUGGGUCGAUGACGACUUCCUGUUCACAGACAAAACCAAGAUCGAGAAUCUGGUGGAGGUGAUGGAGGCCACACCAGAACUAGACGUGGUGGGCGGCUCUGUGGCGGGCCACGGCCAGUUCUACUUCUCUUUGGUGUACGAGGAGGGUAAUGGUGAGGACGGGGGUUGUCUGAACAGAAAUGGUGCAGUGAAAUACCAACCUGUUCCAGGCUUCCCCACCUGCUCCUUCACCAGCGGGGUGGUCAACUUAUUCCUUGGUCGCACCGAUGCCGUGCUCAAAGUGGGCUUUGACCCCCGGCUGAAGAGAGUGGCGCAUUCAGAGUUCUUCAUGGAUGGGUUGGGCAGUUUGCUGGUUGCCAGCUGUAGUCAUGUCAGCAUCGACCACCAACCCGAAAUUGAAAACACAAAGUACUCAUCGUUCCGAAAUCAACAAUCAAAAGACAUAGAAGACAAACUAGCCCACCACUUCUUCAAGAACCACCUGAAAUGUAUCCGUUAUGGAUAGUUUACAAAGAAGUAAACAGUGAAAAUAGUGGUGCAAUAGUGAGGUGCAAUAAUCCAAAUAUGUAAUUGCGGCAUCCCGUCUGUAGUGGCGCAGUUCUCUUAAAAAAAUGUAGGUUUUACAGAGUCACAUUUAUAAUGGCCUAAAAACUGUGUUGCUCUAGGUACUUUCUCCUCUACUGAGUUAUGUGGUCACAGGAGUGAUGUCACAUGGAUUAAACUAAUGGAGCAUUCUAACAGAGUGUUUUCUAAACAAAAUGGAAUGUUCUCAAUACAUAUAUGUUCAUAAAUAUGUACAGAAAUAAUGAUCUUUCUAGCAAAAUGCUCUUUCUUGCACCGUCUAUUUAAAAUGUUACUGUUACUUGGUGCACCACGAAACGUUUAGAAGAUAUCAAUAUGCCUCUUUAAUCAUUAAAUGUUUAUCCUGAGUCCUACAGUUUGACUUAAUGACUUAACAACCAACUUGAUCUGUCCCCUUAGUUGCUACAGUACUUGUUGGACAGGUUAGCGUGACAGCUGUUAUUUCUGUUAAUUUGUUUCACUGUUUUUUUGUUGUUGCCUGUUUCCUCAUCUCCUCUACUUCAUAACUACUGAUGAGUGAACAGACUGUAUAGAAAUGCAGCUGUUUUAUGGCAAGCACAUAGAGAUAGAGGACUCCUCUUUUAUAUAUGUGCCAUUAUAUCAUCUGUGACAGCAUGGGCAGCUCUAUUGAGGCUACAACCCAUAGGAAUCCCCACUACUUUAAAAUGGCGGAAGCAUGGUGGAAGCCCUCAAUCGCGCUGGUCAUGCUAAAAUGGCCUUUUGGCCACUAGAGGCCUCUAUCAUUCUCUAUGGGGAAGCAGCUCAAGCCCUAAUCUCAUACAGGUUAACAUCCAUAUACAAAUGACAACAUACAGAUAACAUCACCCCUACCAAGAUCCACCUGCUCACACCCCCAUCUCCAGCACUCUCAUCACUCUCAGCCACAUGGCCUCAAACUGCACCAUUU